UGGGCAUCGAUGUCCCCCCAUCUCUACAAGAGUCGACGAUAAAAACAAAAAAAGCCCGUGUAAAAGUGUCCGAAACCGUGCGUAGCGUCAAACAAAUCGUAACUCGGGCAGCAAACUCAAGCGCAGCACUAUUAAGGGUCGCGUGUGCAGAUGCGAUUAAAUUGUCGGUAAUCGCAAAAUCAGCAAAAAAAGGAUUUUUUAAAAAACGUUCGCCCUUAACGCAUUUCGUUUCGUUCACACACACCAGCACCGAUGACAUCGAUGUUUCCCACCUCUAGCGUCGUUCCGUUCCUUGCAAUUUGCGAAAAAGUGUCGAAAAAUUGAGGAAAAAUAUGCUUUCUCCGAGUGCCAACUUUUGAGGGUAUAGAACUGAUCGAUAUAGCAGUGACUUGUCCGCAUAGCCGGCGUUUUUUCCAUUGGCCGCAACAGGAAAACUGCUCGUUUUCUUUUCUCCCGUGUACGUGUGUGUGCGUGCCGUUUGUCGUGUGCCCCUGUCCGUGUGCGUGUGUGUGAGUGUGCUGGUGUGAGAGCGCGUGUGUGUGUAUGUGAAGAAAACGCCGCACACUGCGAAAAUUUUCCUUUCCCCAACGGUCUAAUAUAACCGCUAAAAUUGUGGAAAAACAGGAGAAAACCCCUAAGCGGAAGAAGAAGACUGCAGCCAGUAAAAUGUCUGCAGUUUAUUCGCCGCAACCGCCGCAGCAGCAGCCGCAACAGCAGCAACUGCAGCAGCAGCAGCAGUUGCAGCAGCCUCCCCCGCCACAGCAACAACAACAGCAGCAGCAGCAGCAACAACAGCCGCCCCCUAAUUCCGCCCCCAAUCAACAGCCGCCAGGAUCUGGAGUUGGUCCUGGCGGAGGGGGAGGAGGAGGAGGAGGCGGCGUAGGUGUAGGCGGCAUUCUGCCCAUGGGAAUGCAACAACAGCAGCAACAGCAACAACAACGACCACCCAUGGGCGUACCAGGAUCACCGGGGAGCAUCAUCUCGGGCGGCGGCGGAGGAGGCGGAAUCGGUGGCGGGCUAAUGGUCACCCCACCAUCCACACCACGCGGUGGCCAAUCUAAUCUUCAAGGAGGCGGCGGCGGAGGAGGAGGCGUUCCGCCGCAAGUCAACUCCGCGCAGAUACAAAAGAUGCUCGACGAGAAUUGCGGGCUCAUCCAAACGAUCCAGGACUUCCAGAGCAUGGGCAAGGCGCAGGAGUGCAUGUCCUACCAUGUCGCCCUGCAUCGCAAUCUGGUCUACCUCGCCCAACUGGCCGAUCCCGCCAUGAACAUCUCACAAAUACUGCCGCCGCCGCACAUCCUCCAAACGCAGGCGAUGCAGCAGGGCGGCCAGCAGACGCCGCAAACUGGACCGCACGGGAUGCUGGGCGGUCCGCCCCAGCAGCAGCAGGUGGGCCAGGGUCCGGUGCCGGGUCAACCGGGCCAGGGUCCGCCCCAGAUGGGCAUGCAGCAGCACGUCGGCGGCGAUCCCCAGGGACCGCCUGUCCAAAUGCCGCCCUACGGCGCCCAGCAGCAACAGCAGCCGCAGCCACAUCCCGGCCUUGGGCCGCCGGGCGCCCAACAGCAAUCUCAGCAGCAGCAGCAACAACAACAACAACAACAACAGCAGGCGGCAGCGGCUGCAGCAGCGGCGGCAGCGGCCGUGGCCGCCGGCCAACAACAACAACAAGGUGGACCGCAGGUCAGCCAAGCGGGUCCGCAGUCCCAGCAGCAACAGCAGCAGCAUCCCGUCUACCGCAACGCCCAGGGCCAGGGUCAACCGGGUCCUGGCCAGGGACCUGGUCAAAAUCAGGGACCGGGUCAGUCCGUCAUCAAUCCGAACGCAGCGCCCAAUCAACAGCGUCCCAACAAUGGACCCCUGCCCGGACCCCAGAACCCGCAGCAGCCGCAGCCCGGGGGCCAACAGCCGCCCAACCAGCAGCAGCAGGGCGGUCCCGGCGGCCCGGGCCCACAGCCGGGUGCCGGAGGACCCGGUGUCCCGCCGCCACAGAGCCCGUACCGUGUCAGCUACCAGCAGCAGCAGCAGCAGCAUGGCCACUAUCCGGGCUAUCCGCCACAGCCGCAGACGCAGUACCAGCCGCAGGGCGCCUAUCCCUACGGCCCGCCCACUCAGGGCUAUGGUCCACCGCCUCCAGGGCCCCCGAAUGCAGCCCAGGGUGGCUACCAUCACGGUCCAGCUGGAGCGGCGGCCGGAGCCAGCGGUCAUGGCUACCAGCCAAAUGCCGGAGCCGGUCAGGGACCGCCGCCCGGUGCCUAUCCACCGCCACCGGGUAGCCAGCAGGUUCCCCCUGUGCCGGGACAACAGCAGCCGCCGCCGGGACCACCGCCACCGGGUCAGAUGUACGGUCCACCGCCCACUGGCGGCCAGCAACCGCCGCCGGGUCCGCCGCAGAGUCAGUACGGGCCGCCGCCGCCACAGAACUCCGCCGGAGGACCGCCCCCCAUGGGCUAUGCGGGCUAUCCGCCCAAUCCCGGCCAGUAUGGUCAGGCGGGAGCGGGCGGAGGACCGCCGCCCGGUGGCUAUGGCCCACCGCCGCCGCCCACGAGCAGCGGCCAGAGUCCCUACCAGGCCUAUCAGCAGCAGCAGCAGCAGGCGGCCGGAGGCGGAGGAGCGGGUGCACCACCGGGCAGCAGCUACCCGGGUGGACCGCCCACCAGCGGAGCAGCUCCACCACCGCCGCCGGGCGGAGCCUACAGCACCACGGCGCCCAGCCAGACGCCACCGCCACAAGGAGGCGUGGGCGGAGCAGGCGCUGGCAACACCAAUCCCAAUGGACCCAACGCACAGCAGCAGCAAUCGACGCCGCCGCCCCAGGGAGGAGCUGGUGGUGGAGCAGGGCCCAGCGGACCCGGCGGAGCUGGCCAGCAGUAUGCCACCGGACCGCAGCAGCAGCAGCAACAGCCACCUGGCGUGGUGGUUUCCGGAGUGGCUCCACUGCCCACGCAAGUCCAGCCCACAUACUCGACUCCGGGCAACUACAAUCAGCAGCCCGGUGCUCCGCCGCCGCCCAAUCAGCAGCAGCAGCAGCAACAACAGCAGCAGCAGCAACAGGCACCGCCGUCCGCUGGAGGAUCCGCUGGCGUGGGAGGAGGAGCACCCAAUGCCCAGGGCAGCCAGCAACCGCCUCCGAAUGGAGCCACGCCGCCGAUGCCGCCGAAUCAAUACCAACCGGCGCCGGGGGCACCACAAGGUCCGUACGGAGGACCGCCACCACCACAAGCCUACGGGCCGCCGCCGCCGGGUAGCGCCUAUCCCGGCCACGCCUACCAUCAACCGCCCCAGGCCGGCGGCUAUGCACAAUAUCCGCCCACGCAGGGCUAUCAGGGCUACCGGCCCGCCGGGGCACAGAUGCCGCCGCCGGGAGCACCGCAAGGGCCACCACCCACCGGCGCAUACGGUUACUACGGCCAACAGCCGCCUCAAUGAGGAAGGGACAGCCUAUUGCCGCCGCUGCCGCCUGGCUGUCUCCACAACAAGUAGUUCUCAGGCCGAAGCUGGACCGGAUUCACAGGCUUGCCAUUGACAACAAGGAUAUCCAGUUGGAGGAGGAUGUGCAGCGGGGUAAUAGCAUAACUAGACGACGACGACGAAGAGGAUGAGGAGGAGGAGCGGGCAAUGGAUGGACGAAAAAGAUUGAGAUAUACUAGGCAUAUGACUAAGAAUUGUAUCAGAGCAUAGAGCAGGAGGAGGACUACGAUUAGAGCUAAGUGUACGAACCGGAAAAGCUGAAGUAGGAGUAGGUUUACGAAUAGGAGAAAGAGAGGAGCAUAAGCUUAAGCAUAAGACUUAAAGUAGAAGAAAGAACGGCACAAAACGAUUAGACGAAGAUUUGAGGAUACAAAAUUCGGGGUUCCCAAAUAGAAGCCACAACCAUUUCCUCGAAUUUUGGUUAAGCUCACAACUUAAUACAAAACUGGAAUAGGUAGUAGAAGCAUACAAGAAAUCGAACCGAAACCGUAGAUUGUAAAACAAGAAGAGCACGAAGUGUGUAGUGCGUCUUGAGAAAAGCGAUUUAGGAUUAAGUAAGCAGAGUCAGUGCGCAAGCGAACAAGAAACCGUGUCCUAGGCCCAAAAACCAGACAAAUUAGGUGGGUCGAUUUCUAGGGAAGACAGAACAAAAAAAAAAUGUUCGGGUUCGGUCAUGAAAGUCUCAGUUUCCAUGUAUUGUAAAGCGCUUUAAGCGAAUCCGAAACAAAACUUAAGGAAACCCCAAAUUGUAGACAGUUUUUAUAAUUUUUUUAACUUUUUAUUCCGUCAUAUGAUAUAUAUUUAUAAUCAGACCACGGCACUUUUAGAUUUGUAAUUGGCUGUGUAGUCUCUUUAUCUUAAAUACCUUAAGGGUUUUCCUAGAAUUACCCAUGUUUCUAUUACUUAUAAUGGUCCAUUUUUUUUUGCAACUUUUACUUAUCCAUAGCAAUCGACCCAUCCAAGUUUAUAUAAUUAGUUCUCUCUCUUAAGUAGGUUCCGCUCCUCUUUAAAAAACGAUAAUUCUAAACGAUUUAUACAUAUAUAUAUAGUUAUACUUAAGUGUAUGGAACAGGACGAUGAAGCAGCAAAAUAGUGCAUGUUUAAGCAUAAAUAAUCCCCUAACUAUUUAAAGUAUUUUUUUUUUUUUGUGUUCUUGUAGAUGUCUGUUUUUGAAGUUCAUGCAUUUUUUGUGUAGCAAUUUUACAUUUUAAUUAUCCUCGGUCCCCGUUUUCUUCCAAUAGUUUUUUUGAAGUGAAAUAUUGUAAUUUGUAAAAUCCACAUAUAUUUAUACGAUAAGCUUAAAUUUACUAUUUAAAGUAAAGCUAAAAACUAUAAAUAGCAAGCGAAAAUCAUGAAUAAACCUAACAUUUAAAAUAAUUCAAGAAGCACAAAAUAAUAUUCUAUGAAGAAAAGCUUGGGAAAUGUUGGAAAUCAUUGGAAAUUUGACCAAGAGGAUAACGAGCAGAGUACAGUGAGCACUCUCUAUACACAUAAAAAGCAAUGUCAAUAAUUCUAAAAAAUCCUUGAAUAAUUAUAAUUAUUUCGGAACUAUUUGACAUGAAAACUGAAAAACUUAUUAGUAGGCACUGUUAAUAAUUAUUAAAAUUCUUUGCUUGCGCUGUAGAGUUCCAAAUUGAUAUCUAAAUUAUUUAUUAAAUAAAGAAAUUAUUUAAGGUUAGCUAAAAUGUAACCCUAAGAGAAGGAAAUUAUUUUGGAAACCGUUUUUGGGAGCUUCCUAGCAAUGUAAAAUUUAAAUAUAUAUUUCCUCAAGUUCCACUAGGCAUACGAUCUUUCUCGCUCUAAAUGAGAGCUUGGCUAUUUCUGCGCUGCUCUAAUCCGAUCUGAUAUAAUCUGAUUCGAUAUACCGUACCGAUUACUUCAUGAUCCACAUCGAGAAAACAUUUAGAUAUAUGUAUAUCAAAUAGCAUUUAGAAAUUUCUAUUUUCGAAAUGCAAAAUAAAAAAUAAAAAACAUUGAAAAAGUUAUAAAAUCAAAUAA